AUGAAUCCAUACACACACCUAUGGACCGCGCGCUUAAAUGUAUGGAAAGUGGGAAACACUCCGCUACUGCGGAGAAUCCCUCACCUGCGGCUAAAGAAAUGCUUGCAUGUAAGCCCUCUAUGUAGAGAUAGGAAGAGUUCACUGUGCCUCACGCAAACUGGUAAAAAUUCACUCCUCCGUAAAUCGGGGGCAAACGACGCGACCCCUGGUAGUACGGUGACACCCCAAGCAAAUGAACAGGCCAACUUUAUGCAAUAUGUUUUUAAGUGGGGAAUAGGAAACAAGUUUCGCUCUGAUCCAGAGAACAGGUUCCACCCCGUGCACCUUAGUCGUGCGAAAGAAGUUACCAUCAGGAAAGACUACUUCGAUUCAGUCAAUGAAAAUAUAAAGUACGAAGAACUCAAUGAGCAGUGGGAAGUGUUCUGGUUUGAAAAUAACAAACUGAAUGCUAAGCCCUUCCCCAUUAAGAAGUACGGGAUAGAAUCAGCCAAGAGGGAAGCUAUCAAAUUUUUCGAACAUUUAAAGGAAAACAACCGCAUUAAUGUCAGGCCCCAUUACGAAUCUGGCGUGGAAGGGGUCCAUUACGAUGUCGUAACAAACUGCUGGGUUGCAUUCUACCGACAGAGGAACUUUCCUGUGUGCAGGUCCUUUUCAGCCGAGUACCAUGGGUUCGAAACGGCAAAGAAAUUAGCCAUAGAGAGGGUUAAGAAGGGCAAAUAG